AUGGACUCAACCGUUGUCUCCGCCAUGAAGGGCGAAAAACUGAAGGAACCAAGUCAAUGGAGGAAUUGGUUCGCACGAAUCAAGAUCUAUGCACGACAGAAGAGGGUAUGGGAACUGAUCGACCCUCACACCGCAGAAGAAGAUCUGGAAAAGCCAAUUCGCAAACCUCGAAGACCGCAAUACCCGGAGGGUGGCAACGAACUUGCGAAGAGAGAGUGGAGAGAUCGUAUGGAUAUCUACAAGCUGGACCUUGCCGAAUGGGAACAGCAAAACAAGAGCCUAGAUGCCAUCAAUGAAUGGAUCAUCUCAAAUCUGGAUCCAGUCCAUCACACCUCGAUGCUUAACUACGAAACCCCAUACGGACGGCUUGUAUAUCUUCAAACCCGAUUUGGCCGAUCAUCUGCGGCAGAAGAAGAUAUCCGUGCACAGUGGAAGCGAGUGUCAGCCUCACCACCAAAGAGGGGUUCUGAUAUCGAUCAGUGGAUCAAUGAAUGGGAUGCACUAAGAGAGCAAGGUGUAAGCCUAGACCUGCCAGAAAUGAAGAGUGCCAAUAAGGACUUCCUCCGCGCUGUUAAAGAUCUACUCCCUGUUUGGUGGCAGCUGAAAUUUGAGGCGAUCGUGCUGAACCAGGAAGAAUGGGAUACUCGCGAUUUGAUUGAAAACUUCAGAGGAAGUUAUCGUGAGCUGCACCCACAGAGCGCGAGCACUGUCAGCACUAUUUCCAAAGCAUCGUUUUCGACACUGCAAGGUUUCGAUGAAGCUAGACCAGAGCCACCGCAGGGAAAGCCGCAAGGCCAGCAAGCGCAGGAAUCGCCACGUGAACGAACUUUACCACCGAUCCCGAAGCGAUAUUGCCCCUGUGGUAACCGUCACCAUAAGCCGUGGAAGUGCUGGGCGGUCAACCGGGAUGCAUUCCCUGACAAAGAAGUUUUUGAGAAGACCGCGAGGCGAGGAUCACAACGAGAAGAAUGGAGUGAGGCCUGCCACGAAUACGGCCAAUAG